UUAUGAAUUCUACAUCAUUCAGUCUGAUAUCUUAUGGUCUGGCAGGUUAUUUCCUCAAGUUCCCAUUCAGACAUGAUAUCUGUAUGUUAAUUAGCACCAAUUCUAGGACAGACAUGACUUAAGAAACUGUGAUAUAUUAGUUUCAAACUAACAUAGAACUGGGCCGUUGGUUCUAUUUAUUCCUCUAUUGUUUUAAUGGUUCAGGUCACAGGUUGAUAGCAUUGAGUGUUUUGGAAGUACCAAACGACUACUGCAGUCUAAUGGUGAUUACAUAUUAAAGAAAAAUACUGGCUCAUCAGAAAGACCAAAGCAUGCUAAAGAACUGCAAUUAUGAUUUUUAGAAUUGAAGCCAUAACUUGGUAUGUAAAUAUACUAUUCUAUUGCAUUUAUUAUAUUUACUAAAUGGCAGGCCUUUAAAUUUGUUCAGAAGGGAGGAGGCAGGGAGCUAUCAGCCAUGUUCAUUUGGAAGCAAGUGCAUGGGUGAUCGAUGAUUCCAAGUCUGCAAUAAUGGAAAUCAUCGACCCCUGUCUGUACAAGAGCAAUCAGCCAUGUCCUUGUGGAAUGCAGCACCAUCACCAGUUCAGAGUUCACCAUGAUGCCCAUCACCCCAGAGGAGUUGCUGGAGACCGUGCCACCAUCCCCAUCCAUCUACCUCGACAUCCCUCCGUCGCCUUAUGGCGGCAAUGUUGGGGACAUGGUGCUCCCAUACAUAUCGCGCAUUCUCAUGGAGGAGGAUAUAGACGAGAGAUUCUUCUACCAGUACCCCGACCAUCCCGCCCUCCUCCGGGCGCAGCAGCCAUUCGCGGAAAUCCUAAAUGAGGCUAGGAACUUACUGUCCAGCGAAGGCAGUGACAUAGAGAGGAUGAAUUCUGAUUCAUCCUUGCAGGGUGGCUGUGGGAGCAGCAUGUUCUUGGCUGGCAAGGACGACAUUCAGAGUAGGGCAAUAUUUGAUGCUGCUGAGGUGGACAAUAAUGGUUACCAGAGUAAGCUCGGCCUCUCCAAUGAAGACAUGCUUAACAUGUCAUUCUUGAAGGGCAUGGAGGAGGCCAGCAAGUUCUUGCCUAGAGAUAACAACUUGCAGGUGAGCGCAUUCAGCGUCGGCCAACCAAAAGAGAUGUUUGACAGAAGCGCUAGUGGCAGGGAGAGGUGUGACGGGGAGGAAGUGGUGGGCAGGGCCAGCAAACUGAUGGUGAUAGAGCUGGAGGAGGAUGGCGCCCAUGAGAUGUUCGAAAAAGCAAUGCUGAACAGUUGUGAUCUUAGCGGGGAGACGAUGGAGAAGCUGCACAUCGAUAUGGAGAAUGCUGAAGCCAACAGGAGAAAUAAGAAGGCGGUGCGUGGCCGGCAGCAGGGGAAGAGAGGAGACACGGUGGACCUGCGUGCGCUGUUGCUAUCCUGCGCACAGGAGGUGGCCAUUAGCAACCACCAGGGUGCAGGAAAUCUUCUGAAGCAGAUCAGGCAGCACGCGUCCGCGACAGGGGAUGCCACUCAGCGGCUUGCCCAUUGUUUCGCCAUGGGGCUGGAGGCUCGGAUGGCAGGCACGGGGAGCAAGGUGUACAAGACACUUGUGGCGAAACAAACCUCGGCGAUAGAGUUCCUCAGAGGGUACGAGCUGUUCAUGGCAGCCUGCUCCUUCAGGAGGGUGGCCCUCACAUUCUCCAGCAUGACCAUCUUCCAUGCUAUGAGAGGGAAGAAGAGGUUGCACAUUGUGGAUUAUGGUGUGCACUACGGGUGCCAGUGGCCGGGAUUGCUGUGUUGGUUGGCCAGUAGGGAUGGCGGGCCACCAGAGGUGAGGAUCACCGGCAUUGAUCUCCCCCAGCCCGGUUUCCGCCCUGCUAAGAGGAUUGAGGAGACAGGGCAGCGCCUCAGCAACUGUGCUCGUCAGUUCGGUUUGCCAUUCAAGUUCCAUGCCAUCGCAGCCAAGUGGGAGACUAUACGAGCUGAAGACCUGAACAUCGAGCCUGACGAGGUCCUUGUGGUGAAUGACUUGUUCAAUUUCAACACCCUUAUGGAUGAGAGCCUUGUUACGGACAGACCCAGCCCCAGGGAUGUGGUCCUCAGCACCAUCCGGGGGAUGCGUCCCGAUGUGUUCAUCCAAGGUGUUGUGAAUGGUUCGAGCGGCCCCUUCUUCUUGGCACGGUUCCGGGAGGCGCUCUUCUUUCACUCAUCGGUGUUCGACAUGCUCGAUGCCACUACACCACGGGAGAGCGAACAUCGCUUGGUGCUUGAGCGCGACAUGUUUGGGCAGUGUGCUCUGAAUGCUAUCGCCUGCGAGGGUGCAGACCGUGUCGAGCGUCCUGAGACAUUCAAACAGUGGCAUCUGAGAAACCAACGGGCAGGCCUGAGACAGUUGCCAUUGAGGCCGAUUGUCAUUGAGGUGGCAACAGGAAAGGUCAAGAGCCUGUACCAUAAGGACUUUGUUGUGGAUGUGAGUCAGGGGUGGUUGCUGCAGGGAUGGAAGGGGCGCAUCCUGUACGCUCACUCGGCAUGGGUGGCAGACGACACUAGCUCAGAUGAUUAGCUUAUUUGCCCUGCAUAAGAAUUAAGUUAGUGUUAAUUUGUUACAGGUACAAAUACAAGUUUCCCUUCAAAAACUAUAUUAAUAGAGGAUACAUACGCAUGAAUUUUAAUGCUUCAUGCUGUAUAUUACUUCUACAGGCAUUAGGCUUCGACGAGUUAAAACACGCUUGUAAAGGUUAAUUGCUGCAACAUCAAAAUGUUACUUCGCACC